AACCAGGACCGCGACUUCCCGGCCUUCGCACGAAGUGAGCUGCAUGCCCGUGAAACUUUAUCAUUCUUAGACAUAUGAACUCUUUUGUAAUCACUGGCUUGGCGAGCCACCAGGAACGUGCAACAUGACCGGCUAACUGCGGAAAGUUCGAUCCUGACAACGUGCGAGGCCUGCACACAGGUGCAGGUAGUAGCAUUUGGACACGGCCAUGAUGUCUGGCCUGGAGGAGCCGGGCUGCGCAAGUUCUUGCAAAGGUCUGCGUACCUGGCUUCAGUGCUUUGGGAGGGCCCGCUCCAGCAGGCGGCUUGGUUAUUCAAACUCGCAAUCGGGGCCGCAAGUCGCAGUGCGCCUGCACGAUACACCAUGGGUUGUCAACGAGCGUCAAGAGCAAGAGCAGACCGGGACACAGUCCGACGCAGUGCGUCGGCUGCACGAUACGGUAUCGCAGCUCAAAGCGGAGCUGGAGGAGGCUAAGCGGGCACUGGCGACUUCAGGGCAAGGCGCCCCGAUGGCCAUCGGGGUUCGCCCGCCAUCACCUACCACGGCCGGUACUUCUGCCAGGAACGCGGCCGUCGCUGAUAGCGCGCUAGGUCCCCAUCACACCAGCAGCACGGGGGCUGAUGCAAGCGGCGCAGCCAAGGUGGCGCAGGGGACGCCCAAUGCCUUCGCUACAGCCGUAGCCGCAGCCACCCACGAUGCGGCAGCAUGCGCCCACAGCCAUGCGCCCGGCAGCGCCAACCGCAGCCCCGCCGCCUCCGCGACCGCCUCCGCCUCCUUCACCGCUCUCGCCAACCACAGCCUGCAUGACACAGUUGCGCUUGCGCGGCCGCCGCUGCCGCCGCUUUCCCUCCCGACGCCCACACCGCCUGCUCCCCCGCCCCUGCCACCAGCCGUGGCUCCCAGGACCCCUGGGGAGGCUCUGUCGCUGCACGCGGCCUUCUGCCCCACGCCUGUCGCGCUGCUGGUCCUCGGAAGCGAGUCCGGCGUGGUGCUGCCCACCGCUUCACGGCCCCAGCUGCGCCUGCCGCUGCCCGGCGAGCCCCUGGCGCUGUGCCGCCCCACCAGCGGCCACGGCCAUGUGUGUCGCGGCAACGGCGGCAGCAGUGGUCGCAGCGUCACGUCCGCCGCUGGCGCUCCCGCUGGCAAGCCCCACCCCGCCCAUCUGCAGCCCACCUCCCAAUCCGGCCACCCGUCGCUGCAGCGCAGCCCAGCCGUCGCGGCCGGCGGCAGCGGCAGCGGCGGCCUGGUCACGGCAGCUCACCCGCAGCGCACGUCCAACCCUGCGCUCUCCACCCCCAGCCGCGGCUUCCUCGAAUCUGCGCGCUCCGCCGCCUCCGCGCCCAUCCUCGGGCCGCGCCCCAACAGCCUCGGCGCCAGCGGGGCCGCCACCGCCGGUGCGGCCGCCAACGCGCCCUUUGCAGCGGUGUGGCUGAACAGCGGCGCGCGUGAGCAGCUAAUGCUGGCGCGCGCGGAUGACUACAACAGCGUGCUGACGCAGCUGUGCAAACGCGACCCCGGGCUGCAGGUGCUGCUGAAGGAGCUGGCGCGGCAGAUGGCGGCGGACGCGGCCUCGGGCGAAGCGCGCCGCGGCCUGCCGCCGCCGGUGAUGCACUUUGUGCCCGGCGGUCUGUUCGGGGUGCGCACGCGGGCCUCGCCGCAGGUGCACACACACAGCCACCUGGGGCACGCCGGCAGCGGCCACGGGCACCAGCACCAGCACCAGCACCAGCACUAUCAGGGCCAUGGCAGCGGCCAGGGCCAGAGCCACAGUGUGCCGCUGGGCCAGCCCCUGGGCCGCGGCUCUGUCGGCGUGAGCGACGGCUUGUAUGAUGCUGGCCGCCGGCAUAGCGGCGGUGCCAACAACGGCGGCACCGUGGCGCUGACCUAUGGCGGCUUCUCCGUGCUGCGCCUCACGCCGUGCGUGCUGCGCCUGCCGGUGGAGCGGCAAGGCAGCACGUCCGGCGCCGCAGCGGCGGUGGGGGGCGGGAGCGCGGCGGCGACGCCGUCCGCCUCCUCGGCGUUGGCGUCGCAGCUCGGCAGCCGCGCCGCCAGCACCGCCGCCCUGCCCGUUGCACCGUCUCCAGCCGCCGCGUCGUCUCCAUCGGCCGCGGCAGCCGCAGCCGCAGCCGCAGCCGCAGCCGCAGCCGCAGCCGCAGCCGCAGCCGCAGCCGCGGGGCUGGGCCGGCCGCACCGCUUCAACCCAACGCUGCCGAGCGUGCCGUCUUUGGAGCCCGCCACUGCCUCUGGCGGCGGCUCGCUAGAGGGCAUGCCUCCCGCCGCCGUGGUGCAGAUGAUGGCGGUGGCGGUGGCAGCAACGCCAACGGGGUCAGCGGCCGGCACUGGCACGCUGACGAGUGAGGCAGAGGCGAGGCCGUCUUGUCUUGAUGGGUCUGCCGCCGGCAAUGGUGGGAUUGGCGGCAAUGCAGACGAGCAGGAGCAGGAACAGGCACAGGAGCAGGCGCAGGAGCAGGCGCAGGCGCAGGAGCAGGUACAGGAGGUGUGUGUGGUGUGGGAGGAGUACGUGGCAAUGCUGGUGGAGCACCUUAGUGGCGAGGUGCCGCAACACCAGCAGGCGCCGCUGCUAGCCCCCAGCCUCAACCCGGCGGCUGCCGGCAGCUCCCGGCGCGACUCGGGCGGCGCCCUGGCGGCGGCGCCGCCGCCCACGCCCAGCUACUGCCACCCGCUGUACCCGCCGUCGUCGGGCGUGUCCGGCUACAGCCUGCUGCCGGAGCUGUAUGAGCGGCUGCAGCGGGACGUGUCCAUCCUCAGCGGCGUCAGCGCCAUCAUCACGCUGUUCGACCUGGGCGGAGAGGUGCUGCACCAGAACGCGCUGUCAAUUGAGUACAUGGGCUAUCACCGCCCGCGCCAGCCGCCUUCGGCAGCGGCCCUGCCUACCGCCGCCGGCACAUCCGGCGCCCUGGCAAGCCCCAGCCUGCCCUCCCCCGCGGCCUGGCAGCUGUACGGCGGCGGUGGUGGCGGCGCAGCCGCCGACGCCAGCGGCGGCGCGCUGGCGGCGAUGGUGGGCGGCAGCAGCAGCCGCGGCGGCGGCUAUGGCGGUGGCGGCGGCGCGGCUACAGCCGCCGGGCCCAACGUGCUGGUUCAGUUGUUCACGUUGGAUCCAGCGAAGCUGCUGGAACUGAAGGCAAUGGUGGGUGAGGGCCGGCCCUGGACCGGCAUCGUGCGAGUGCCGCCGCACCUGAAAGACACGGCGGCGGCGGUCUACGACGGCGAAGAGGAUGAGGGCGAGGAGGAGGGCGAGGAGGAUCUCGAGGAGGAGGGGGCCGGGGAUGAAGGUGGGGCUGAUGUGGGGUUGGAAGCAGGCGUGGAGGGGUACGCCGCGGAGCAGGCGGAGGGCGGGGAGCGGCAGGCCGCGGCGCCUGACGACGCGGGAGGUUUGCAAUCAUCUUCGCUGCGUGGCGCGGCGGAGGCGCGGCACCAGAGCGACUCCGUUACAGAGGCCGGACUGCGGAAGCUGGAGGCGGCACUGGCUGGCGGUGGCGCUGGGGCCGGUGCUGCUACUACUGCGGCCGCAGCCGGCAGCCGGGACUCGCAGCAGCAGCCACCGCCGCCGCCGCGGUCCAGGAGCGGCGGGGCAUCACCCGGAGGGAGCGUGUCAGGCAAUGGCGCCUUCACACGGCAGCGCUCGCGCCUCGGCGGCGGCGGCGGCGGUGGCAUGCCAGCGCAGAGCACUGCCUCCGCCCCUGCCCUCUUGUCAGACACUGCCGCAGCCGCUGCCACGACCCGCGGUCCCGACCGUGACGGCUCUGUUCACGGCGCCGCGGCCGCCGCGGCAGCGCUGGGCCCGGCUGCGGCGGCGGCCGCCGCCGAUGGCAGCACCAUCAGCGCCGCCGCCACCGCCACUGCCUCCGAUGUGGACUCUGACGCCGGCAGCGUUCGCCGCGGCGGCCCAUUCGACCGCGUGACAGCGCCGUCGGUGCCGCUGGCGCAGGCGCUGCGCGGCUCCCAUGUCUCCGCCAGCGCCGAUCUAGACACAACAACUGCGGCAUCCCGCGGCGGCGCCGCCGCCGCCACCGUGAUCCCACCUGGCAUAUCGCGGCACCUCGCCCCAGGCGACGUCGGCAGCGGCAGCGUCGGCGCGCCGCGGCGCUUCCGCGCCUCCGUCAGCGGCGUCAUGCACGGUAGCAGCGUAGGCUCAGGGCCGCUGUCGGGUCACAGCCUGACUGAGCGGCACGCGCGCGCCGACGGCAGCGGCGGCGCUGCCGCAGGGCCGGUGGGCGCGCGGUGGCUGCCCAAGCGCAGCCGGUCCGUCAAGGCCGGCCUCGACCUACAGGCCAUCACAACCUCCGCCUGGGCGCUGGUGGGGCAGCGCCAGGCGGCCGCCAGCAGCCAGGGCUCGCCACAGUUCACCACACCCAGCGGAGGAGCCGCCGCCGGCGGUGGCGCCGGCACGCCUCGCACCGCCGGCCGCGCGUUCCGCAACAGCGUCACGGGCGCCAGUCCCACAGCCGGAGGCUCGGCCUCCGGCUCCUUCGCCGGCGUCGCGGCUAGCGCGAGGCUGACGCGCGCCUCCGUGAGCGGCGCCUUUGGCCCUGGCGCCGGCGGCAGUGGUGAUGGUGCUGUUGGCGGGUUGCUGGGUGGCGCCAGUGAGCCCAUGCGGAAGGUGUCGGCAGGUGGCCUGGGCGGCGCUGCAGGCGGCAGUGGGCCGCUCACGUCGCCUCUGGAGGGGCGGAGCACGCCGUUGCCGCGUGUGGUUGUGUUCGCGGCGGCGUCGGUGCAGCGCAAGGGCCAACCGCGGCGCUUCGAGCAACAGCGUCGCCAGCAGCAGCUGCAGCAGCAGCUGCAACAAGCUCAGCAGCAGAAGCAGCAAGCAGCCGCAGGCGAGCGCAAGCUAACGGACAUGACCAGCGCUCCAGUCAGCAACGCAGCAACGGCGGCGCGGGCGUUGUCAUUGGAGCCGCAACAGGAACACAGCGCGGAGGCCAACACGCCCACGUCUCACGAUUUCAACGGCACCAGCAACAGCAGCAGCAAUACCGGCAACGGAAACGGAGGCACGCCGAUGGCGCCUGGCCACUCGCAAUCGCAGCCGCUGCCUGUGGCUUUGGGCGGCGGCGGCGGCGGCGAGGGCGGUGAUGGUAGUGGUACCGGUACUGGGGCUGGCAGUGGGUUUCUGUUGACACCAUCGUCGUCGUUUCCAGCCGCGCGCGAGGGCUCAACCACGCAGAUUGGCGGUUUGGACAUUGGCGCUGAUGCUGCCGCAACAGCUGCAGGCACCACGUCCGCCUUUGCGACAGCCACCGUCGGCCUCUGCACGGAGACCGCCAGGGCCGGGGCCGCGCCGGCACUGCAGCACCCGCUGCCGCCAAUGCUACAGCCAUCGACGCCGGACAGCAGCGACGCUGCUACCGCCACCGCCACCGCCACGGCGGCUGGGGCCAUGCCAACUGCUGCGUCAGCGGAUCUGCUGCAGACCUCCAACAGCGUUGAGGGCGCGCCGCGUACCUCCGACACACGACGCGCCUCCCUCACACACAGCCCGGGAGCGCGCGCCGCCGGCGCGGCCCCGGCUUUCCUCCGCCGCAACAGCCGCAGCCUCAAGCGGCACGCCAGGCGACAUGCUACAGCCUUUCGUGGCUCACCGGCCAGUGACGCCGAGGACGAGGGGUACGGCGCUGCUACAGCCGAGGCUGUGCCGGUGGAUGCCGGAGCCGGCGGCGUGGCGGCGAGUGCGCAGGAAGGCGUGGAUGGGCAAGCGGGUGCGGAGCGCAAGCAGCAGCAGCAGCAGCAGCAGCAGCAGCCCACGCCGGUGGCGGAGGAGGGCUUGGCUGACAUUGAGGAGGAGGGCGAGGGGGAGACGGGGUCGGAGGAGGAGGAGGAGGACGAGGAAGAGCAGGGCGCGCGCUGGCACGAGGUGACGGCACGGCCGUUCCGGGACCCCGUGUCGCGGCGGCGGUGCAUCCUGCUCAUGCAGAUGGACGUGACUGCCAAGGUGGAGACGGAGCGGCGACUGGCCGAGCUCAUGGACGCCGAACACAAGAUCCUGGAGCAGAUCUUCCCGCGCCACGUGUUGGAGCACAUGGCCCUGGACGGAGGCGGCGGCGGCCACAGCGGCAGCGGCGGGCUGGCGAGCCUGGGCGGCGGCUUCGCGCAGUUCCGGCAGUCCGACUGGGCGCGGCUGGCCACCAAGCACGAGGCGGUCACCAUCUUGUUCGCGGACAUUCGUGGAUUCACCAACAUGUGCAAGGAGGUGGAGCCGGAGGUGGUCAUGUCCUUCCUGAACGCGCUGUACAACCGCUUCGACACGCUGCUGGAUGUGUACGGCGUGUACAAGGUGGAGACCAUCGGCGACUGCUACAUGGUGGCUGGCGGCCUCAUCCGCCGCGACGAGGAGGGCUUUCCCUCCGUGCACGACGGCGCCGUGGACCCGCUGCAUGCGGUGCGGGUCAUGAGCUUUGCCAAGGCCAUGCUGCGCGAGGCUGGCUCUAUGGUGAUGCCGCGCACUGGCGAGCCGCUCAUGAUGCGAGUGGGCGUGCACAGCGGGCCCGUGAUGUCUGGGGUGGUGGGCCGCCGCAUGCCCCGCUUCUGCCUCUUCGGCGACACCGUCAACACAGCGAGCCGCAUGGAGUCCACUGGCGCUCCCAACUGCAUCCACGUCAGCGAGGACACGCAGCGCCUGCUGCCUACCGAGGUGUGGGAGCCGCGCGGCGGCGUCGAGGUCAAAGGCAAGGGCAUAAUGAACACCUUCUUGUGGUUGGGCAAUGACAAGGAGACCGCGCCGCACCUGCUGGCGUCAGCUUCGGGCGCCGGCGGCAGUGCGAAGCACGGCGGGCUGGCCGGCGCCGGCGGCAGCGGGCGCAUUGGCAGCAGCGGCGGCUGGCUGUCACCGCACCCCAAGCGCAGCUGCACCGCGCCGCGGGAGGAGGGCUCGGGGCCGGGCGUGCGGGCGCUGCUGACGCAGUCGCAGCGGAGCAGCACGGCCCCGCGCGAGGCCGCGGCGCCGGUGCGCGUGUCAGUGUCGCUCAGCCACCGCCGCAGCAUCGCGCUGCGGGGCGCCAGCAGGCUGGCUCGCGUGAAUGCAACGCGGCUGGCGGACGCGGUGGCGGGCGGCGCCACCCGGUCACCGCUGCUGGGCGUGUUGCCAAAGAUCAAGUCGCGCCGCACCACGGGUCGGGCCGCGGAUGCCGCGGCGGCGCUGGCCAAGUCCCGCAGCGGCCGCGUGGACUGACCGGCGCGGGGCCAGGCUUGCAGGCGAAGGUGCAUGAGUGGGUGCGUGUGCCACUCACCGAACGCCCGGCCGCUGGCUACUCAUGAGCUUUAGCUGCUCGCGAGCUUUCACAGUACAAAAGCUCAUGGUCGUUGGGCUGCAAACAGGUAGUGAACCAGGCGAAGGGUUGGCGUCGGGAUUCGGGACGCAAGCAUGGCGCUGGCCAGGAGGGGCGGGAGGCGCGUCCCUCACUCAGACCUGUGCUCGGGAGGGCCGGAGUCAGCGCAGCGGGGGAGCCGUGUCUGGCACGUGCAGCUGCUUUGGCGGCCACUUAAACCUUGGGCGUCGAACAUUGGAGGAAAGGGUAGGGCAUCACACUUUACGAGUGCCGGUCACAUUAGGAUCAUAGGAUGGCGUUGGCGACCAUUGAGCAUUGCGUAAGCCGAUGGCUCGAAGCUGGGGGCAUGACCUGCAUGGGAGCCUGAGACGAGCUGUUAAGAGCAUUUGCACUGCGUGCAUUUUGUGGCUGUUACGAAGAGUAGCAGGGGUGAUCAAGCAAAUGGACAUUCCCAUUCGUCCUUGUGCUGAAGGUGUUGUAUGCAGGCCUCUGCACGCACUCGGAUAUCUCUGAGAAAAUUGGAUCAGCAUGCAUACGGUGAUGGUGCGCAGUGAUGAUCACAUGUUGCGCUGCUUAUUGCUAGUCCUCGGCCCCAUUUGAUAGGUAAUGGCCGGAUUCAAUGCACUUUCAUGGCAUUUUUUGGGUCUGGGCCCCCCGAGCAAAGUGAUUCAGGGGAGGCGAAGCCCCCCAAGAACACCCUGUACGCGCGUGCGUUCGGGCGUGUAUGCGUGCGUGUGCUCGUUCACUCGUUUGCUGGCGCACAUUGCAUAGCAUAUAUGUGGUUGUCCCGUGCCUGUUGUGCUUGUGCUUGACAACGCGGACACAUGGCGGGCGGUGCUUGUAUCAACCGACCCCGCUAUAGCAGAAAGUUGGCAGGGGCAGGUAGAGAAGAGGUACCGCAGUUUCGAAAGCUGCAUGCACCAACGCGGCGUGGGCCCCCUUUCUUGUCCUGUCGCAUGCUACUAGCUCGUGCUCAUGCACAUAGUGCGUUGGCCACUGCGCCAGUGUGGGUUUGGGCAGGGUUGCUGUACUGCUGCUUGUGCUGCGCGCGUGCGUGCGUGCAUGCGUGAGUGCGUGCGUGUUGUCGGAAGGUCCAUCGAGUGGUGCGGUGUGGUGGGAGGCCAUCUUGGCUUGUAGGCCCUGACGACAUGCACCCCCCGACGACAUGCACCCGUCGCAUACCGGUACUACCAUAGAUUGCUCCAGAGUUGCAAGGUCAGAGUUGCAAGAUUAGCUUAUGUGAAACAGUGGCGACGCUUGCGCGUGUAAAAUAGAACGUCGCAACUGGCAACACCCAGGCAUAUUCUCUAGUCGCCGGUACACCCCAGUCUUUCAGGGGUGCACGACCUCAGCCUGUCGCUACAAUUCAAGGACAACGCAAGUGAUUCUGUGAGAUUACUGCAAGCGGGUGGAGUGAUAUUGGUGGGUGAUUUACGUAUCGCAUUCAUGCAUGUGUACAUGGUUAUGCUUGCAUACAUUGCUGCGGCUGGUUGCAUUACGAGUGUGUGUGUGUGUGUGUGUGUGUGUGUGUGUGUGUGUGUGUGUGUGUGUGUGUGUGUGUGUGUGUGUGUGUGUGUGUGUGUGUGUGUGUGUGUGUGUGUGUGUGUGUGUGUGUGUGUGUGUGUGUGUGUGUGUCUGUGUGCGUGUGUGUGUAUGUGUGUGCGUGGACAAGAGGUUACAGAGCGACGGGGCCAGACGGGGCGUGCCGUGGGCCAGGUUGCUGUAGGCCGGGCUAUGUACUCGGCCGCCCAAACCUGCACCUGCACCUGCACCUGCACCCGCCCAAACCUGGCUUCAAGUGGUUCUGGACAGCAACCUGGGGAUACUGCGCCGGUGACCAAGGCAGGUGGUAGUCUGUGGUGUGGUGGCCUCAGUUUAUGGCACACCGUGAGGAGCAGGGCUGUGCAAAUCGCUCUCAGCCUGUUCAGCUGGCCUGCGUGCCCAAGCGUGCUGUGCGUGGCUGAAGUGGACGGGGUCCCAGAAGAAGGCUGUGUGUGCUUUAAACUCGAAUGCCCUUGCCCUGUAACCUCGUCCUCGC